AUGAGCUCAGUGGUCCUUAGAUCGAGGCUUCAACACCAGCAGCAGCAGCAGCAGCAGCAGCAGCAGCAUCACCUGAGAAUAUAUGAGAAAUGGGGAGUCUUCCUUUCUCACCAUACAUUUUCACUUUUGUUCACAGAGCCUGACCCAGGAAUGUCCUACAGCGUAAUGGAGAUUGCCAUCAUUGCAGCUGUGAUCACUGCAGUGGCCUUGGUCCUGGUCUGCCUCCUCUUCCUCAUGCUCCGCUACAUGUAUAGGCACAAGGGCACCUACCACACCAACGAGGCCAAAGGUACAGAGUUCGCCGAGAGCGCCGAUGCAGCCCUGCAAUGUGACCCUGCCCUCCAGGACGCCGGGGACAACAGCAAGAAGGAAUACUUCAUCUGAGAGGUAGCAGACUUCACCUCCCUGCAAGAUGUUUCUGGCUGCUGGAGAGAAAGCACACCCACUCUGUGCCACCAUUAUCCACAUCAGGAGGCCCUCAAGGGCACCCCAAGACUCUUACUGCAGAACACUGGGUGCCUGCCAGGAAACUGAUACAGGUGGGAGGAACCAGGACACACAGCACCUCCUCCAGGGACUUGAUGGCCACCCAGAGGCCGGCAUUGGCUCUACAAGGAAUAGAGAACAUCUGGAUACACAGGUCUCCCUGUACAGUGCAGGUCUCAUCUCACUAGCAUGAAAGUUCUCUUCAGUGUGCAUGGGGUGGUUGGGCCUGGGAAUGGGGAUGUAUAGAAGUGUGACACCUAUAAGCUGACUGGGGAAACUGGCAUCAAAUGUCAGUCCUUGAUAUUUGGGGAGAACAGCAGGUGCCUGAGCUAGAAGGCACCUUCAUCUCCCAUCAACCCGGCUCAAAAUGAUGACAAAUAAAUUUGGAAUGUAACCGAGCAGUCUUUAUCAAAUGGCACUACUGUAAGUGUCUAGGAAACAGUGAAUGCCACCCAUUGCUGGCUUUUCUCUUGUAUAACAUUGUGUCUGUGUGCAUGGGGCAAGAAUUAUCCAGUUCUGGCAAGAAAACAGAAGGAAGAAUGACCUUUGCCCUCACUGGUACCAGCUAUGUGAAACAAAUGGAAGGGUGAAGCGCAGUGAUUGGGCUACUGGCUGACGCACUGAUUUUUUGAUAAAUAAUAUCAGAAAAAGAGAGUUGUAUUCAACAACCAUGAAUGAACUGCAUCAGCCCUGGGUUUGGAUCCUAGCUCCUCUGUACUGGUCUUAGGGCCUUAAGCCAUGCAGCUGACCCCUCUGGCCUUAAUGCUGGCAUUUUUCAAGUGGAAAUAAUGCUAAUUGUGUUACCCCCUGGUUCCUAACUCCCAGCAUUGUGGGCAGGAACAGAAUAUCAGAUACUAGGUAAUCACUGUAUUGCUGGGUCACUGAAUUCAUGGCUGCCUGUGUUGGCUAGUGAGAAUUCAUCAUUGCAUCACCUCUAAACGUCCUGAGAAUGCCACCAAUUUAAAAUGAAUAAUAGGGAGAAGAUGAGCUAAUUAACCACCCCCUUCCAGGUAGGAUUAUCAGUGGUUCUGUGGUCACUCUGAAACCAGCAUUGCUGAGUUCACAGGCUGCCCCCCUAAUGUACCUAGGUCCUCUCAGGAGCCCCCCAGCUGUGUCAUCUCCAACUAGACUCCAUCAAAAAAAGACCCAUAUCAUAUUCCCUGGGAAGCUAAUAAGGAUAUAAGCCCAGACAAGUGUGGCCACCAGCCAAAGGAGCUGGAAGUCCUGGGAAUGCUGUGUGGUUGAGAAGCAGGGAUUUAAUUAUAACAAGGGAUUGGUCAAGUGCCAGAUGACCCCAGAUUGAUGGAUGUCUAUAUUCUCAUCUAUGAAGUAAAAGGCUGGCUACAGCUGUCACCCAUUCAUCUAGAGAGACCUGGUCUAAAACCCUAGCGGAUGCUUGAAACCAAAGGCAGUAUUAAACCCCUUGUAUUUGGCUUUUGUGCACACACUUAUGUUAAGAUGUAAUUUUUAAAUUAGGCACAGUAAGAAAUUAACUGCAGUUACUCACAGUAAAAUGGUAUAAUUAUAACCAUAAGCUGUAAUAAAAGAUUCUUGAGACUA